CGCCUCAAGUAGUAAGUGCAGACAGCAGCAGAAACUGUUAGCGGCUAAUGGACGAGAUAAUGUUUUGAACGUGGCUUCAAACGGAGACGAAUUUAUUAUUCAUUUAUUCAUCCGAUGUGUGAACACAUCUGUUUAGGAUACUGUCAUCUGUUCUUUGUGCUGACCACACCAAAAACAGCGGCAUCAUGGAGCACAUCCGCACACCAAAGGUAGAACAAGUGAAGCUCUUGGAUCGCUUUAGCAACAAGUCCACCACAGGAACCCUGCACCUGACGGCCACACAUCUGAUCUUUGUGGAGAGUAAUUCAGCCAGUGCCCAGGAGAUAUGGAUACUGCAUCAUCACAUCGCCUCUGUGGAAAAGCUCUCUCUCACAACUAUUGGCUGUCCUCUCCUCAUUCAGUGCCGGAAUUUCCAGGUUGUCCACUUUGUCAUUCUGCGAGAACGCGACUGCCACGACAUCUACAGCUCUCUGCUCAGGCUGCUGAGACCAGUGUCUUAUGGUGAGUUGUAUGCAUUCUCCUACAAUCCAAAGCAGAAUGACCAACAGAGAGAAGAAGGGUGGCAACUCAUAGACCUUGGAGCUGAAUAUGAGCGAAUGGGUGUACCAUGUGACCAGUGGCAACUGACAGACGUUAACAGGGAAUACAAGGUGUGUAAGACAUAUCCAAGAGACUUAUACGUACCCAUUACAGCCAGUAAACCCAUAAUUGUUGGAAGCUCCAAGUUCAGAAGCAAAGGCCGCUUCCCGGUCCUAACGUAUUUCUACCAGGAGAAGAAGGCAGCAGUGUGUCGGUGCAGUCAGCCUCUUUCUGGAUUCAGUGCUCGGUGCUUGGAAGAUGAGCACAUGCUUCAGGCCAUCAGCAAGUCCAAUCAUAACAGCCGAUAUGUCUAUGUGAUGGACACACGGCCCAAGUUGAAUGCAUUGGCGAAUCGUGCAGCAGGCAAAGGCUACGAGAAUGAGGACAACUACUCUAAUAUCCGCUUUCAGUUUGUGGGCAUUGAGAACAUCCAUGUGAUGAGGGGAAGUUUGCAGAAGCUUCUGGAAGUUGUAAGAAUACGCUCCCUCAGCAUGACCGAUUACCUGGUUGGACUGGAAAACAGCGGAUGGUUGCGUCAUAUUAAAGCCAUCAUGGAUGCGGCUAGAUUCCUUGCCAAGGCUGUGACCGUUGAGGGUGCCAGUGUUUUAGUGCACUGUUCAGAUGGAUGGGACCGGACCGCUCAGGUCUGUGCUCUGGGGUCUCUGUUGAUGGACCCUUACUACCGCACCAUUAAAGGCUUCAUGGUACUUGUUGAGAAAGACUGGAUCUCUUUUGGACACAAGUUUGCAGACAGGUGUGAUCAGUUGAACGGUGACCCUAAAGAGGUAUCGCCCAUAUUCACUCAGUUCCUGGAAUGUGUAUGGCAGCUGACUGAGCAGUUUCCUCAGGCCUUCGAAUUCAGUGAGUGGUUCCUCAUUCAGAUCCAUGAGCAUGUGCACUCCUGCCAGUUUGGCAACUUCUUGGGCAACAGCCAAUGCCAGAGAGAGGACCUUCAGUUAAAGGACAGGACAUAUUCUCUGUGGGCUCACCUGCUGAGUGAAAAGCAGAACUACUUGAACCCGGUGUAUAGUCCGAGCUUUGUAGAGUCGCACCCGGUUUUGGAGCCAUCCACCCAAGCCUACCAUUUCAAGUUUUGGAGAAACAUGUACCAUCAAUAUGACCGUUCCAUGCACCCUCGACAGUCCAUUCUCAAACACAUCCUAACCUUGAAAGAGAGCAAUCGAGAGCUAGAAGGCACAGUGCAAGCCCUGAAGAUGAAGUUGCAGAAGUUUGGGGUGACUACAUCUCCACCGAAACCUCAGACACCUACCAGGGAGCAUAGUAUCCCUCCCCGACCCCAGUCGCUUAUCCUGGGGGCUCCUCUUCUUAGCCGGAAGGACAUACAGCAGGAGGAAGAAGAGGAGGUAUUUGGAGAGGAGGCCAUGGAGGAUGCUCCAGCUAGUGCUGGUGGGGAACGGACUGUAGAGGGCAGCAGUGCCACAGAAAAUGGCUACAGAGAGCUUCGUGGACCCUUUGGUUCCAAAAGUGAGCCUGCUGUAGUCACUUUGGAGUUUGGAGUGGCCAGAAUGACCUGCUAAGGACACUAGUGAAAACUUGAUUUAAAGAAUUAAGGAAUCUAAGAGGACUGGAAACAUGCAAGAUUUGUAUGUUAUGUUGUGUGAGAGACGAAGGAUGAUUGCUCACGUGUUUCGUGUUUAUUUGGGUACGCGCAUUUGUUUACUCUAGUGAUGGCACUGCACUUGCCGUGACCUCCAUAUGUACGAUAGACAAAGAGAUAAUUCGAAGGGCAGGUUUCUUUAAUGUAAAUUCAUUAUUAUAUCUGUCGAUUCAAAUGUUAUAUGCAUUAUCUAUAUUUAAAAAAGCGUGUUUUUAUUUAGUUUUUUUUGCUCAUUUUUUUAAAGGAAGUCAAUAGCACUGAAAUGAAAAGAUUAAACAAUGAGUUGAUGGGCUUGUGACUCAAAAUCUUUGUUCCACUGAGAGCACUGUUUUGGGGUGACUCAUCUCCAUUCCUUCCACAUCACUUUUAUCUUGGAGGGAGAAAGGUGACAAGAUUAAUGAUGUCCUGGAUGAAGGAUGACAGCAGAGAUGCCCCACACACAAGUGUCCCAAGUGCAGUCUGGUCGAUAAGAGGGGUUAGUUAGGAACUGUGAUGUGAUGUCAAGGGUCAUUUUUACUCCUAGGUGAAUAUAUGAGCUAUAAAUUGUGAGGUCAUAGAGCAGGUCAAGGGUCAUUUUUACUGCUAGGUGAAUAUAUGAGCUAUUAAUUGUGAGGUCAUAGAGCAGGUCAAGGGUCAUUUUACUCAAUAUACAGUAUGAGCUAUUAAU